AUGGCGUCGCAAUCGGAGGGAAUUAGACGGGCAGACCUCUUGGAUCUUCCAGACGAGCUCAUUCUCCACAUCUUCGACCACGCAACCGUUACCAAUGAAACACUCUACACCCUCUCCCAGGUCUGCAAGAGACUACACGAACUCUGUCUCGGAAUUUGCUAUGGCCGGUUCAAUCUCAAGAACCCCCAGAAGCACGCCAAGGUCGCCAUAUCCGCCAACCCUGAUCGUGUCGACGCACUUUCCAUACUUGACAUAUCGCUCAAAGUGGUCACCCUCGAACGCCUGGUUUGCAAGUUUCCGACGUGCGAAGACGAUCUGCCAUCGCUGAUACGAUGCGUUCAUCGUGCAGCAAACUUUGUGGCUCGCCUGCAGUCCAUCGGCAAGGUCAUCCUCGUGUUCAGCAAUGAAUCCUGCUGUUGUUGCGGGAAGAACAACUCCAAGCCGAAGCUCGAGGAUGGAAUACUGCACGAUUGGUCCGCGGCAAUGGGGAGGUUGAUGAAUACGAUAUUGGAGAGGUCGUGUCAUGCAUUGGUGGUGAAGGGAGGCCGGUAUCUGGGCCAUCUAUUUGCUUUCCGUCGCACACGGCCGUCGCAAACCAAAUUCCUCAACCCAAUCGAAGCAGUUAAAACCUUCUUCACGAACUCUAAAAGUGGUGAGGUGAUAGAGGAUGUCAAGCGAGCGCCACGGGUCACUCGGGGAGAUAAUUGGGAAUUCAAGCAAGCAGCCCAGCAUAGGGUUUCGCUGGUGCUGACAGAUGUAUCCCCCCUUGCGCGAGACGGUUCGAAACUUCGAUCGCUCACAAUCCAAUCGAUGAUGUUCCUCAUGCCGCCUCUUCUGCAAUGGACCAUAUCAGCCAUGCAAUACAGCAAGCUCGAAAACCUCACCCUCGGCAGCCUGUCCAUCAACUACAAGUGCUGGCCGGCCAUCUUCGCCCUCCUCGAACGUGCCGCCCCCGAUCUCCUCGAACUCAGCCUCACCAAACUCCGUCAAAUUGAUCCAGGGGAUUUGCUCAAAUUUUUGGGUCGCUUUCCAAAGCUUACCUCUCUUACCAUCCACCACGAGGUCGAGAGCGUGGAUUCAUACAACUUGGGUCCAUUCCCGGACUUUCCGAAACUCAUCUCGCUCCAUGCACCCGCCAGCUGGGUGUUCAAACUGCUAUCGGCACACCAGCGUGGCUUGGAGUGUUUGGAGUACCUUUGCAUCACAUACAGGCUACGCAACGAUGGGCUCUCGCACUGGCUGAGGCAAUGCCCGAACCCGUCGAUCCCCUCUCUGCUAGGAGACCAACUUCGACCGCUAACCUUGUGUUUGGAGGUUAGGUUGGGGGAUAGCCCAGCGUGGAAGAUGUUCCAAGACAUCGACGCCGAGCCCAGUCAGUCGCAAAAGUCGUGCUUGGAGCUUGUAUCCAGUAUAUCGCUGCUGGUGGAGGAAGAAUUCGCCAAAUCGGACAUGCCCCUCCUCACCGUCCUUCCCAAGUGGUUGUCAAUGUUCCCCGCUGUUCGUUUCCUCACAAUCUCCGGUCACAAUUCCGCUAUCGAUGGAAUGGACCUCUUCGAAUCGUUGAUUGCGAUCGUCAAAGCGAAAAAACUCCAUCUCCAGAGCUUGGAUGUGAACGGGAAGGAAGCAGAGUUUGUCAGGAGCAGCAGUAAAUCAUCCUCCUAA